UUAGAAAUCGACGAAGAGGAGGAGGACGAAGACGAGGACUGUGCCUCCCCAGUGAUUGGUGAUCACCCGCUGCAGCCGGUUCCUCGACUGCGGCUGGGUGAGGAGGCAGCGACGGGUGCCAGUGGAAACUCCACUUCACCCAGCAUCACUGGGCGACGAUCCGCGUUGAAUGCACUGCGACUGCUGCAGGAUCCCCCCUCCCCCCUAUCCCUCGUGAAGUUGCACGUCAAGAAGCAGCAGACGCUCCGCAAGCAGAAGGGCCGGUCGGCAGAUCGGAGAUAA